CAUAGUUACUGCUAAAAUGUUACUUUUUUUCUUUUUCAGUAUUUCAGUAUCAGCCUCUUUGGCCAUUAACACAUCAUUUUAUGAUCUAAGGAAUUUUCUUAUACAUAUCUGUAUUGCCAUGUUGUACCUUGAAUAGUAGUAUAGACCAAAAAACCAAACCCAUUGCUGUCAAGUCGAUUCCGACUCAUAGCGACCCUAUGGGACAGAGUAGAACUGUCCCAUAGGGUUUCCAAGGAGCGGCUGGUGGAUUUGAACUGCUGACCUUUUGGUUAGCAGCUGAACGCUUAACCACUGUCCCACCAGGGCUCCAAGUAGUAGUAUAGUGUGAUAAAAAGAAUACAGGAUUUGAAAUCAGAGGGCUUGAAGGCCUAUCUCUGUCGCUUACUACCUCUGUGGCUUUGUCCUUGACCUUUUUGAGACUUAGACCUUUUUGAGAUUGCUUUCCUGACAAGUAAUAUGAAAAUAUAUCACUGUAAGGAUUAAGAUUAAAUAAAAGUGCUUUGUAAACUGUAACAUAUACUCUUUGUUAGAGUGUUUUUCAGUUUGGACAUUUAUUGUGUAUUAGCAAAAUGAUACUGCCUUCAAAGGUUGCCAUCAUAUGAGUGAAAAGACUGCCAGCAUUUGGUUUGAUAUAUCAGUUUUCAUUUAGGGUAAAUACAUUUUAUCUGCCUUUAUAUUUCCCCUAAUAAUUAACUUCCUGACUGUAUAAGGAUUUCUCCUUAGCCAAAUUAGAACUUGGUUAGGCAUUUUAUUAUCACAUUCACAUGAUGAAAAAAGGUUGUCUGGAGAUCACACUAGGACUUAGCAUUUCUCGAAGUUACUGGUUUUCAGUAGGGACAGUGCUGUCCCAAUGAGGUGUGAACUUUGAGGGUGCCCUUUUGGUUGCUAUGGUGGUUAGGAAGAGGAGGGCAGCACUGAUAUUCAGUGAGCAGUGGCCAGGAAUGCCAGAUAUAUCCUACAAGUUCUGCACGGUUUUUGAACAUUUUCCCAGACGUUCUUGUAGGUGAAAAACCUGUUUAUACUUACCUGAUUCUAAUUCUGUUUUACAUUUAAACACAAAGUAUUUUUGCGUGGUUUUAGUAGACACUGAACUUUCUAGGAAUGUAACUACUCAGUAAACUGAGGAGCAAAUUGUACUUUGUUUUGCUCAGAACUUUACAAAGAGUUUGUUCACCAUUUCAGAAAAUCUUAUUACCAGUGAAUGCUAUUACAAUUUGUGGUAUCUGGUUUUCUAAUGCAACUCUUGUCAGUCUGCAUUUGUAGCUGUCACAAUCAUGGUGAUUCCAUACACAGUGCAAUCAUCUGACUCUUUCUCUAAUAAUACGAGUUCUAAUAUGGUUAUACCCAAGCAUUUAUAUUUUAAAGUAACUGUUAAAUGUAUAAUAAAAUAUAUCAGUUUCUUUGCUUUUCUUAUAUUACCUUAAGCAUUAUAUUAAUUUUUAAAAAAUUGAGUAUAGGUAGGUUAUCUAUUUGCAUUUUAUUUCAGGCUUAUGCCCUUAGAAAUUAAAACAAAACACAACUUUUGUUUUAGUGGGACUUCAGGAUGGAGACUAUAUUUUUUACAGAAGUCCAUGUUGCCUUUUUAGGGAGAAACAGGAGGUCCAUGUUGGACCUACAUUAUAGAUGUCUAUUUUCCUCCUCUUCUCUUGCUUCCCUUUCUCUCCACCUUACUUUCUCCCUUCCCUUCCUCUUUCCCCUUCCUAGUAUGAAGUAUUUGAUCCAUACACAGAAUAUGUUACUGUGUAUGUAAGUAAUGAACGAUAUAGUAAAACCAAUACCUGUGAACCCACCACCCAUCUUAAGAAAUAGGAAUUUACCAGUAUUGUUGGUGUGUUCCUCCUUGAUUUCCACUCACCUGUCUCUCUACCAGGGGUAAAACUAUUCUGACUUUUGUGUCGGUUUUAUUUUAUUGUUUAUAAUUCCCUUCCUCUUCUUCCAUAUUAUGUAUGUAUUUCAAAACUAUAUUGUUUACAUUUACUUUUUUAAAUUAUAAAGAUGGAUUUAUACUAUAUAUAUUCAUCUUUGCUUUACUCUAAUCGAUACUAUGUUUUUAAGAUUCAUCCAUAUUGAUGUGUGUAGCUAUGAUUUGUUUUCUAAUUGUAUGACUGUAACACAGUUUCUCCUGCCUUUAGAAUGUGGACAUUUUUUUUUUCCAUUUUAUGGCUAUUAAAAACAUUCUUGUUCUAUCUUCUAGCGUUUAUCAUGUUCAGGAGUUCUUCUGUGGCAAAGAAUUUUAAACAUGCUUGAUAGUGACCCUCCCCCCAACACACACAGUUGAAACAAAAAUAUGAAUCCUUGUUUACCGUUGCUACAUGUGAUGCAUUCACCUUUUCCAUUCUAUUUCUUUUUCUCCAAGUGCUGUUGUGACCCUCUAAUGAGUCUUCACAGUUCAAGAUAGCUGUCUCGGCUUUCUUUGGAGACUGGCUUUCCUUUACUUACAGCUGAACUUACAGAUUGACAUCCAGUGGAGUGAGUAACUGGCUAAGCAGGAUACACUGCUGUCGUACCUGGAAACAUCUAGCUCUUGAUCUCAAUCACAUUACGGCUGGAACUAGAUCUGGAUUUAGCCCUGAUGUACCCACCAUUCCUUGAUGGAAUGAGGAAACUGAGGCCUGAAGUUACGAAACUUGUCCAAAGUCACACAGCUUGUAAAGGGUACAGUCAAGAUUCAGAACCAGGUCAUAAAAAUUAAAAUGAACAAACUUCGGCAAAGUUUUAGGAGAAAGAAAGAUGUUUAUGUUCCGGAGGCCAGUCGUCCACAUCAGUGGCAGACAGAUGAAGAAGGGGUUCGUACUGGAAAAUGUAGCUUCCCAGUGAAGUACCUUGGCCAUGUAGAAGUUGAUGAAUCAAGAGGAAUGCACAUCUGUGAAGAUGCUGUAAAAAGAUUGAAAGCUGAAAGGAAGUUCUUCAAAGGCUUCUUUGGAAAAACUGGAAAGAAAGCCGUUAAAGCAGUCCUGUGGGUGUCAGCCGAUGGACUCAGAGUUGUGGAUGAAAAAACUAAGGACCUCAUAGUUGACCAGACAAUAGAAAAAGUUUCUUUCUGUGCCCCAGAUAGGAACUUUGAUAGAGCCUUCUCUUAUAUAUGUCGUGAUGGCACCACUCGGCGCUGGAUCUGUCAUUGCUUCAUGGCUGUCAAGGACACAGGAGAAAGAUUGAGCCAUGCAGUAGGCUGUGCUUUUGCAGCCUGUUUAGAACGUAAGCAGAAGCGGGAGAAGGAAUGUGGGGUGACUGCUACUUUUGAUGCUAGUCGGACCACUUUUACAAGAGAGGGAUCAUUCCGCGUCGCAACAGCCACUGAACAAGCAGAAAGAGAGGAAAUCAUGAAACAAAUCCAAGAUGCCAAGAAAGCUGAAACAGAUAAGGCAGUUGGUGGCUCAUCAGUGGCCCCUGGCAACACUGCCUCAUCCCCAUCCUCUCCCACCUCUCCCACCUCGGAUGCCACUGCCUCUCUGGAGAUGAACAAUCCUCAUGCCAUCCCACGCCGGCAUGCGCCGAUUGAACAGCUUGCCCGCCAAGGCUCUUUCCGAGGAUUUCCUGCUCUUAGCCAGAAGAUGUCACCCUUUAAACGCCAGCUGUCCCUGCGCAUCAAUGAGUUGCCUUCCAAUAUGCAAAGGAAGACUGAUUUCCCCAUCAAAAAUGCAGUGCCAGAGGUAGAAGGGGAAGCAGAGAGCAUCAGUUCCCUGUGUUCGCAGAUCACCAAUGCCUUCAGCACACCCUCUGAGGAUCCCUUCUCAUCCGCCCCAAUGACCAAGCCAGUGACAGUGGUGGCACCACAGUCUCCUACCUUUCAAGCUAAUGGCACUGACCCUGCCUUCCAUGUGCUUGCUGCUAAGCCAGCCCAUACUGCUCUAGCACCUGUAGCAAUGCCUGUGCGUGAAACCAACCCUUGGGCCCAUGCCCCUGAUGCUGCUAACAAGGAAAUUGCAGCCAUACAUUCGGGGACCGAGUGGGGUCAAUCUUCGGGUGCUGCCUCUCCAGGUCUCUUCCACGCUGGUCACAGACGCACUCCCUCUGAGGCUGACCGCUGGUUAGAAGAAGUGUCCAAGAACGUCCGAGUUCAGCAGCCCCAGGCUUCAGCUGCCCCUCUGCAGCCAGUUCUCCAGCCUCCUCCACCCACUGCCAUCUCCCAGCCAGCAUCGCCUUUCCAAGGGAAUGCAUUCCUCACCUCUCAGCCUGUGCCAGUCGGUGUGGUUCCACCCCUGCAGCCAGCCUUUGUCCCCACCCAGUCCUAUCCUGUGGCCAACGGGAUGCCCUAUCCAGCCCCUAAUGUGCCUGUGGUGGGCAUCACUCCCUCCCAGAUGGUAGCCAACGUGUUUGGCACUGCAGGCCAUCCUCAGGCUGCCCAUCCCCAUCAGUCACCCAGCCUGGUCAAGCAGCAGACAUUCCCUCAGUAUGAGACAAGCAGCGCUACCGCCAGUCCCUUCUUUAAGCCUUCUGCUCAGCACCUCAACGGUUCUGCAGCUUUCAAUGGCGUAGACGAUGGCAGGUUGGCCUCAGGAGACAAGCACACAGAGGUUCCUGCAGGCACCUGCCCUGUGGAUCCUUUCGAAGUGCAGUGGGCUGCAUUAGAGAGCAAGUCCAAGCAGCGUACUAACCCAUCCCCCACCAACCCUUUCUCCAGUGACUUACAGAAGACAUUUGAAAUUGAACUUUAAGCUGUCCCUAUGGCGUAUGCAUCUUGUUUGUACUUAGGCAAGGGUGGAGGUCAAAGGCACAAAGGGGACUCUGUCUUCCUGAUCAGUACUUUUCAGUAAUCCCAAAGGUCCCCAGGACAAGUCCAGGCACAGAGUACAGCAAGGGGUGAUUUUGAAAGAAGUGGGGAAACCCAUUUCUAGAGAAGAGCUGCCUUGCAGUUAGGCUAAAUAAGUCAAGGAAUGUUGCCCUCUGUCCUCCAUCAUCUCCUUACAAGUCUCUGGAAACAGAGAGGCAGAAGUAUCUAAACAGGAAUCUGUAUUCAAAGCACAUUUACUGGAAUAUAAAAUACAACAGGAAGCAAAACGAUCUCCCUUUGUUUUUCAGGCCAUUCACCUGCCUCCUCAGUACUGGCCUGUCUUAGAGAUCAAGAACAGACUGGCUUAUGCUCAGGCCGGGUAAGAGAGGGGCAGGCUGUGUGGCCAGGAUUCCCGGGAGGGCAUGUCAGCAGCUGCCCAGCAGAGCUAUAUUUUGGAGAUAAAGUUGAGCUUCCAUUUUGAGUAAGAGAAUAAAUAUUAUAUAUAUCAAAAAAGCCAAAAUCUUUAUUUUUAUGCACUUAGACUAUUUUAAAUAGUUCAACAUUAAAAAGUUGUAUGAGUUGUAAGUAAUCUUGCCAAAGGUAAAAGGGUUAGCUGUAAGAAAUUGUACAUAAGAUUGAUUUAUCAUUGAUGCCUACUGAAGUAAAAAAAAAAAAAGAAAGGCUGAAGGUGGCAGAGGGGGUCCCUAGUUUGUUCAGUAUCUUCAGUAUCGUUCAUUGUAAGUAGCACAUUGCAGCAACAAUCAUGCUUAUGACCAAUACAGUCACUAGGUCGUAGUUUUAAAUAAAGAAAAUGAAAGAGCAGUAUUGUCCUGGUUUUAAACUUAAAAAAUUCUAAUGUCAUUACUUUAAUGGAAUCUAAAUAUGCUCUAUAGAGAAUAUGUAAUUUCCUUAUGUUAAUCCUUUACCUUUUUUUAACACUAAUAUGACAGUUACAUAAUCAUAUCCACAGACGGGAACGCAGGUUACUGUGUCAGGUCGUUACGUUGGUCUUAGUUUGAUGGGUUUUGUUUUGUCCAUUAAAUUGUUUCCCUGAGUUUUGUGGGGAUGGGGAUUCUGGUUUUUACUCGCUUUGUGUGUUUUCCCCCGGUUUUGGUUAGCAAAAAAUCCCAUUGCCAGUUGCAGCCACUUGACCUCUGGUAACAACAUGAGAUCCCAUCUCAUUUUUACUUUUAAACGUUGGCCUUACAAUCAAAUGUAAGUUAUAUAUAUUUGUACUGAUGAGAUUUAUAAUCUGCUUUAACAAAAAUAAAUGUUCGUGGUAGAAGA